AUGGAGCCUGUACCGAAUCGUGGCCAGUUCAUAUCGACCAUGGUUGAGACGGCGCGCGCAGCAAUUGAAGAGCGCGAUGCGAGCGGUUACUUUAGUUGGGUGCGAUUCGGGACAGUGGGAUCGUACGCAAUUCUCGACGAAGCGCUGUGCUCGCUCGCCAUGCAUUUGAUUGGCAAAGAUGCAAGAGACGGGAACAUGGUUGCAUACAGCCGGACCAUGUAUGGCCGGUCCUUGUAUAAUCUUCAGCAAGCACUGCAUCACCCCACCAAAUGGAGGGCGUCUGAAACGCUGUGCACAGCCAUCUUGCUUUGUGUCUUUGAGCUCUUUGCAGGUACAAGCUCGGCUGACUCGUGGUUACAGCACGCCCGAGGCAUUGGUAUUUUGAUGGAGCAACGCGGCGCCAUGGCACAUAAAGAAGGAUGGGAUGCUGCAAUGCUUCUUUCCUUUCGUGGAGUUCUUAUCAUGAGCGACUUAUUCUUUCCCAGAGCAGACACCUGUUUCCUUACGCGACCAGAGUGGCGUUCUGUGAUGCGCGAUAGGGGGCGCCAUCUGUUACAAGGGCCCGAAUUCAGCGACGAAGCUAUUGAAGCCGUCGAUGAAUUCAAUAACAGACUAGCAGAGAUUCCUGCCGUUGUCAAGGUCGGCUAUACCGUCAUGGAAGCUGCCAAGAAAGGUCUUCCUAUCGACUCGGUUGCGGCAGCCACUACCUGCAGGCUUGCGGCAGCUUGUCACGCAAGAAUAUCCGAAUUCUGGUCUACAUAUAAACAUCUGUUCCCAGACCCGGUAGAAGCACCCUCAAGGGAUCCGCAGUCUCUGUACCCCGUCAUCUUGCGGUACGAAGCACGCUGGGCGGCGACUCUGCGAAUGUCGCACCACGCCACCAUGUGUCUGCUGCAAGAAUUUCUGCAGCAGCUCGGCUGGACACAACCAUUCGCAACAUCACAAAAGGAAUACGCCCAUAUAAUCUUACGAUCGGUCGAGGACAUUAGUCAGGGGCCUCUAGGGCCAUACAGAAUCGGCUAUGCGAUGAGGAUAGCAUAUGAACUGGCGGAUGCGGAGGCACAAGAGUGGAUUCGCGGAUGCCUGGAUAUAUUUAAAAGUACAUAUGCAGCGACGGAUAAACAGACAUAUCCCGGAAUGCGGACGGAUAACAAGGGCUGUCGAUGA